AUGUAUUCAUCCCCAAAAGAUCUACAUAUGAAGCAGUUGACAGAAUUUGGUGGACAUAAAGAUGAGGUGAACUGUGUCAGUUUCUCAUCUGACUUCAGCAUCAUGGUUACAGGAAGUGAUGAUAAGAGAGUACGUGUGUUUGAUGUCAGAACCAAGCGGUGUAUUCUGAGUCUUGGAGGACACAGAGGAGCUGUCAAAUGUGUUGCGAUUUCUCCAUGUGAUCGGUACUUUGCCAGUGGCUCCUUCGACAAGAAUGCUAGAAUUUGGAAGACAGAUGAGGGCAGUUGUCUACGCAUACUUCCAGGCCAUAAGAAGAGUGUUGAAGCUGUUACCUUUUCAUCCUGUUCUGUCUACUUGUGCACUGGCUCCUGGGACAGAACUGCCAUUUUAUGGUGUGUUCAGACUGGAUGCCAGAUUCGAACAUUUGAUGGCCAUGGAAGUCUUGUGCAGUCUGUUGCAUUCUCACCGAUACAUAAGCUUGUGGCUUCUGGUUCAUGGGACUUUAGUGUCAGAGUAUGGACCUUGGACCACAUUGAGAAUAUGAGAAUUGUAGAUGCUUUCUUAAAAAAAAGGAAAUCAUUUAUGCAUGGUGAAAUAGAUGAAGAUGACACUGUGAAAGAAGACAUGGCUGGAGAUGUGACAAAUGUACCACAAGAUGAAUGUAAAAAUCCCAAAGAUAAUGGGGGGAUUAUUGAAACAGAUAAUGGACAGACAGCAAUGGAAAACAAAAGCAGUGACAGUAAAGAAUCUGAUAAAUGCGUUGCAAGGGGAAUUUAUGUAGACUACAAAAAGGCGUGUCAGAAAGAGGACAAAUUAAGAAACAUAGAUAAAUUAGAUGACACAUUAGAGAAAUAUACAAUAAGUGAAGAAGAUGCCAUGAGAAACAAGCAAUCACAUGAAAGCAAGAGCAAGGUAAUGAAUGAAGAGGAUGAACAUGAACAGGCUAAAACUAAGGGAACAGACAAGAGAGAAUUAUUGAAAUGUGAGUCAGAUGGCAACGACACAGACAGCUGUACAAUUCUUACAGGCCAUACAGGCAACAUCCAUGCUGUUGCAUUUUCACAGUAUGGAAUGCUGGCCUCUGGGUCCUGGGACAGAUCUGUUCGAAUAUGGAAUCCACUCAAAGGAAAUUGUAUCCACAUUCUGUUGGGCCACACAGGCUGGGUUCAAGCAGUCAGCUUCUCUCCUGAUGGUGGUUACUGUGCCAGCGCUGCCGAUGAUGAAUGUGUUAAAGUCUGGGAUGUGGUGAUAGGGCAGUGUGUGAACACUCUAGAGGGCUGUACUUACCUGGCACAUCACUGUGCAUUCACGCCAGAUGGGCACGUCAUAGCAGCCGGAGCCUCAUCACCACCAGCAGACAUGCAAACAGAGAGGGAGAGAGCCCAGCUGGCAGAAAGGCAAAUCAAAGCUAUUCUUGAUCUGUGA